AUGGCGCAGCGCACCGGCCCCGACUGCCCCCGUGGCUGGCUCCUGGCGACUCUCCUCUGCCUCAGCCUGGCCGACUUGGCAGCGACCUCGCCGCUGCCUUCCUCCUGGCCCAAUCUGAAUGACUGCCUGAAUGUUUCCAAAGCCCUGGUAACCGCCGCGAGGGACGCGCUGCACCAGCUGGAGGAGCUUGGCACACUAGGAUUUGAAUGUACCCUUGAAGAGGUUGAUCUUGAAGAUAUCACUAAGAAUAAAAUCAACACAAUUAAGGCUUGUAUGUCAGAAGAGUCAAAGACUGAAAAUUGUCCUAAACUGAAAAGAGCUGAUUUUGAUAAGAUUGAGUGCCUGCGAGGUAUCAAUGAAGACCUGAAGGCUUACAAGGCAGAGUUCAAGAAUUUCAAUAACCAGAAGAUGCUGGCUGCUAUUGACAAAUUGAUACAGGCUGUGAAAAUUAACAAUGCAAGUGUGGAGCAACCCUCUGCAAACAGAGGAUCAGCCUCUUUCAAAGAGAGAAUGAGGUUAUGUAGUGUUCUCCAUGCUUUCACAAUUCGCACUGUGACCAUAACCAAGAUGCUGAACUACUUGAAUUCUCCUGGAAGCUCAUCAUAA